AGAAGUCUUGGCUAUGAUACAAACAGUGAUGGAAAACAUAUGAGCAGUAACAAGUUUUAAUCUCUCUCGUCAGUACUAAAAUGGACUAAUCUGUAGAAGCAGUUUAUUCAAGAUCACCAGGGUGCCAGCAACAUCAGGAGAAUUUUUUUGAAGAUUAGCACAUGGUGGAUUAAUUCUACUUCCAAGACGACUGCUCUUUUCUUACAAGUCCUAGAUUGGUCCUCUACUCUAAGACAACAUGAAGGAAUAUGUGCUCCUACUGUUGUUGACUUUAUGCUCUGCCAAACACGUCUUUAGCCCUUCAUACAUGACAUUAAAGAAUAUGAUGCUGAAGGACAUAGAAGAUUCAGACGACGAUGAAGAUGACAAUGAUAACUCUCUUUUUCCAACAAGAGAACCAGUUAACCCCUUUUUUCCAUUUGAUUUGUUUCCAACAUGUCCCUUUGGAUGUCAAUGCUACUCGAGAGUUGUUCACUGUUCCGAUCUAGGUUUGACCUCAGUCCCAAGCAACAUUCCAUUUGAUACUCGAAUGCUAGAUCUUCAAAACAAUAAAAUCAAGGAAAUAAAAGAAAAUGAUUUUAAAGGACUCACUUCACUUUAUGGUCUGAUUCUGAAUAACAACAAGCUAACAAAGAUUCACCCAAAAGCCUUUCUAACCACAAAGAAGCUGCGAAGGCUAUAUUUGUCCCACAACCAACUAGGCGAAAUACCACUUAAUCUUCCGAAGUCAUUAGCAGAACUCAGGAUUCACGAUAAUAAAGUUAAGAAAAUACAAAAGGAUACAUUCAAAGGAAUGAAUACUUUACAUGUUCUGGAAAUGAGUGCAAAUCCUCUCGAAAAUAAUGGGAUAGAACCAGGGGCGUUUGAAGGAGUGACAGUGUUCCAUAUCAGAAUUGCAGAAGCAAAACUAACCUCAGUUCCUAAAGAACUACCAUCAACUUUACUGGAGCUUCAUUUAGAUUAUAAUAAAAUUUCAAAUGUGGAGCUGGAGGAUUUUAAACGAUACAAAGAUCUGCAAAGACUGGGCCUAGGAAACAACAGAAUCACAGAUAUUGAAAACGGAAGUCUUGCUACUAUACCACGUGUAAGGGAAAUACAUUUGGACAACAAUAAACUUAAAAAAAUCCCUUCAGGAUUACAGGAGUUGAAAUACCUCCAGAUAAUCUUCCUUCAUUCUAAUUCAAUUACAAAAGUGGGAGUGAAUGACUUCUGUCCAACAGUGCCAAAGAUGAAGAAAUCUUUAUACAGCGCCAUAAGUUUAUUCAACAACCCGGUGAAGUACUGGGAAGUACAACCUGCAACAUUCCGCUGUGUUUUGGGCAGAAUGAGUGUUCAGCUUGGGAACUUCAGAAAGUAAUAAUCAGUAACGUCUAUUAUUUAAUAUGAAACUCAAAAAUCCUUACAUUUGGAAUACUUGAACUCUAUCAGUAGUGGUGGUAUUAUACACACAUGCAAAAAUCUGUUCCCAAAUUUUAAGGUUGUAAAUUAGGUACAUAACGAGGCAAGUCCACUGACUUAUUUUGUGACAAAAAAAUUCACCAGAAUUUUGCAAAAUUAUUGUUACAUUGGGAUUAUGAGAAGGAUUGUUGACGUUUCCUUUUGCAUAUAAAUGAUUUUGCAUGAAUCUCAGGCUUGACCAUCUCUUUCUCAGUAACAAACAUGUAAGUCGUUCAGUAUUUAAUACUUUGUUAUCAAGUACAUUUUAAAAGGAACAGUACUGUAAAUGAAAUGCUUCAUUUAGCAAAAUUUGUGCUUCUUCACUUGCUGUCAGAAAAGAAAGUUAAAAAGACAGCCACAUGAAGAGUACGCUGUACUAUUUUUCUUCUUUUCGUCAAUAACUCGGGUAGUAGUGUAAUAUUUCGGAGGAUGAUAGAGUAUGGUUUGAUAUAAUCAUAUUCAAAUUCUCACAUCUUAGGGCCUUAUUUUCUUUACAUUUAAAACUAAUUUCUUACAAUAAAGACUUCAGUAAGUGUUUUUUUACCAACUCAACAAAUGCUAUUCAUGAAAGCUGGUUUUCAGACUAUACUACAUGCUUUCCUUUUUUAAUUAUUAUUAUCUAAAAAAAAAUUUUUUUUUUAUUUUUAAUUAUUAAGUCUCUGUAAAAAUGUGUAGUGAGUGUUUAUAUAAAAUCUGCAACUCACAUUUUUUAUUAUCACAGUUAUUAUAAGCUUAUAAUGACAUGCCCGUUGUUAGGUUAUACAACAUUGUAACCUCUACACUUAAGAGUACUUUUGAAAUAUCCCAUUUGGAAGAUCUGAAAAGCCUGGAUACUAUCAAUUCUACUCCAAAUUUUCUCAAAUAUGCUCAAACUGGAAAAUUCUGAAAAACACACCUGGUGUAACUAAAUAGGCAAAGUGUUAAAUAAAACAGACACAACUGAAAGCUCUGUAUAAAAGUUAAGAGUGCUUUAUGUAUUUUUUAUCGGCAUUCAAAAUAAGCUAAAUAAAAUUAUAAAAUAAAGAAAACAUCAUUAAAAGCAUUUGUUUGAAGUAAAA